UAAUUCAAUUCACAUCCUAAAUACUCUCGCUUGAUCAUCGGCCAAUACAAAUUAAUGUCAAGUACAUAUUCGGUAGGCAUUUUGUCAUAUUAUAGUGGCAUGCCACGACGGUUGUGUCUCGGUUGGUUUAUUGAAGAACGCGACGGAUCCAGCUUAUCAAUUACACGUUUGCCGUGAAUUAGCCCAGCUAUAUCGGAAUGUCACUCGGUGGCACACACAACGACCGCGCGGGUGACAUUUAAUGUGUUGCGGCUUUACAAGCUCCAUUCCAGCUGCCCGGCUACUAUCUAUAUUUCCUUAACGACUACUCCAUAAUUGUUUUGAAACGGCGAUUUUGAUUAUUAUAUUUAAAAUACUACCUGUAACUGAACGCCAUUAUUAUGGCUGCCCCCAACUUUCUGUUUGCACCGGGAUUUCCAUUUUUAUCGUUGUACGGCCUUCAGAACAUGGGAGCAGAGCCGGGAAAUCAGUGGAUGAUGCAUCUACAAAACACGGCUAAUUUGGCGACGCGGAUCGCGGCACUUAGCCAGCGGAAGGAAAUCACUAGUCCAAUGUCCACUUUGUGUUCGCCUUUUGCUGGACUGCGUGAUCCGGGAUUGAUCGCCCUGGCCAGCGGCGACCAUCACCAACACUGCGCCUCAUUGAUCUCGUCGCAUAACGCCGACAACAUGGAGAAUUUUGUUGGGGGCAAGAGUUGUAGUCGGAUGGACACGGAUUCACUAGCCGAUGACGAUGGACAAGAUGCUGCUAAGCGCCGGCGGACAAGGACGAAUUUCACCGGUUGGCAGCUGCAGGAACUGGAGCGUGCUUUUGAGGGUUCCCAUUAUCCAGAUGUUUUUAUGAGAGAAGCUUUAGCAUUGCGGCUAGAUUUGGCUGAAAGUCGGGUUCAGGUAUGGUUUCAGAAUCGGCGGGCAAAGUGGCGAAAAAAAGAGAAUACGAGGAAAGGACCGGGCAGGCCCGCACAUAAUGCACACCCACAGACGUGCAGUGGGGAACCGAUUUCCCCCGAAGAGCGAGAGCGUCGUGAGCGGGAACGGUUGGAAAAGAAGCGGCACAAGCAGGCCCAAAGGGAGCUGAAACGUAACCGGCAUAAUGCGGCGGCUGCUCUUCGUGCCAGCAGUGUUCCCGCCGGCGGACGCCCCGUCCACAAAGCCCCCACAUCCCUGUGCUCCGACAGUUCUCCCCCUUCUACCUCCCAGGAAUUCGACCGCAACGGUAUGGUUUCAGAAUCGGCGGGCAAAGUGGCGAAAAAAGAGAAUACGAGGAAAGGACCGGGCAGGUGA